GCGGGGCCGCGGGAAAGGGAGGGGCCAAGAUGGCGGCGCGCAGAGGUCCCCCCACCGCGGGCUCUGCCCCACAACUGCACCCACGGCGUGACCCACAGCCAGACCCACAACCAGCCCGCGCCCCACAGCGUGCCCCACACCGUGCCCCACAGCUAGCUCCUGCCCCACAGCCAGACCCACAGCCUGCCCCACAUUCUGCCCCACAGCACGCCCCACAACCAGCCCCUGCCCCACGGCAUGCCCCACAGCCUGCCCCACAACCAGCCCCACAACGUGACCCACAGCCUGCCCCACAACCAGACCCACAGCCUGCCCCACAUCCUGCCCCACAACCAGCCCGUGACCCACAGCGCACCCCACAACCAGCCCCUGCCCCACAACCAGACCCACAGCCUGCCCCACAGCGUGCCCCACGGUGUGACCCACAACCAGCCCCUGCCCCACAGCGUGCCCCACAGCUAGCUCCUGCCCCACAACCAGACCCACAGCGUGCCCCACAAGUGGUCCCACAGCCUGCCCCAUGGUGUGCCCCACAGCCAGACCCACAUCCUGCCCCACAACUGCACCCACAGUGCGCCCCACGGUGUGACCCACAGUGCACCCCACAACCAACUCCUGCCCUACAACCUGCCCCACAGCGUGCCCCACUUCCAGACCCACAGCCUGCCCCACAGCCUGCCCCACAACCAGCCUGUGUCCCACAGCGCGCCCCACAACCAGACCCAUGGCAUGCCCCACAUCCUGCCCCACAACCAGCCCCUGCCCCACAGUGCACCCCACAACCAGCCCCUGCCCCACACCGUGCCCCACAACCAGCCUCUGCCCCACAACCUGCCCCACAUCCUGCCCCACAACCAGCCCCUGCCCCACAGCGUGCCCCACAACGAGCCCCUGCCCCACAACCAGACCCACAGCCUGCCCCACAUCCUGCCCCACAACCAGAUCCACAUCCUGCCCCACAACCAGACCCACGGCGUGCCCCACAUCCUGCCCCACAACCAGACCCACAGCGUGCCCCACAUCCUGCCCCACAGCCUGCCCCACAGCGUGCCCCAUGGUGUGACCCACAACCAGCCCCUGCCCCACAGCGUGCCCCACAACGAGCUCCUGCCCCACAACCAGACCCACAGCCUGCCCCACAUCCUGCCCCACAACCAGAUCCACAUCCUGCCCCACAACCAGACCCACAGCGUGCCCCACAUCCUGCCCCACAGCGUGCCCCAUGGUGUGACCCACAACCAGCCCCUGCCCCACAGCUAGCUCCUGCCCCACAACCAGACCCACAGCCUGCCCCACGGUGUGCCCCACAACCAGCCCCUGCCCCACAGCCAAACCCACAUCCUGCCCCACAACCAGCCCCUGCCCCACAUCCUGCCCCACAACCAGCUCCUGCCCCACACCGUACCCCACAACCAACCCCUGCCCCACACCGUGCCCCACAACCAGCCCCUGCCCCACAACCAGACCCACAUCCCCGGCGCGCCCCUCGCCGCCCCAUAGCGCAUCGCCCCCCCUCAUCCCCCGCUGUGGGUCAGAGGCGCUCCCCCCCCCCUCCCCCCGCCCCACGGAAGCGCCGUCGCUGUGGGGCAGUGGGGGCCGAGGCCGCCGUGGGGCAGCGGAGCCUUUGGGGCGCCCGAGUGCCCCCCGAGGUGCUGGGCCGCAUCUUCGGGGCAGCCGUGGGGCAGGAGGGGGCCGUGCCCUUCCUCUGCAGAGCCGCCCGGGUCUGUCGGCUGUGGCGCGCGGUGGCUUCUGCCCCACAUCUAUGGGGCAGAGUGUCACUUGGGGGUCGCAAUGGGGCUCUCCCCACACCGAGACGGACGCGGAAGAACCUCCAAUGGCUGCAACGGAGCAGUUUGCCGAUGCUGAAGGACUUUGAGCUCUAUGGGUGGAAGACCGACGUGGGCCCCGCGCUCGAGGCGGUUUCCGGGGGGGUUUCUCUGCGGGCGCUGCGCCUCCGGGGCUGUGGGGGGGUCCCCGCGAUGCCCUUCGUCCGUCUGCCCCUGCGCUGCCCACAGCUCCGCAGCCUCCACAUCACCCACUGCCGGGUGUCUCCCACCGCGGUUUUGGGGUUCCUGGAGGCCAUUGGCUCUCGACUGCAGGAGCUGCGGCUGCGCUGCGGAACCCCCCCUCGCCCCGUGCUGACCGCCCUGGCGGGGGGGGUCUGCCGGGAGCUGCGCCUGUUGGAAUUGGAGCCUCCGGAGGGGGUUUUGGGGUCCCCCCUUUCGCUGCCCAUCGAGCGACUGCAGGAGGCGAUGCCGCAUCUUCAGGUGCUGCGGUUGCCGCGAGUGCCGUGGGUGCCUCAACGUCGCCGCGGUCCGUCCCCCAAUGUCUUCCCCGUCGGUUUCCCGGCGCUGCGGGAGCUGAGCCUGGCGGGGGCGGGGGAGGGGCCGGACGGGGCGGGGCUCGAGCGCCUCCUGGGCCGAAGCGCCGACCUUCGCUCCCUCGACCUCAGCCACUGCCCCCGCGUCCCCCUCAGCGCCGUCCUCGCCCUCCCCUGCGCAGCUCUCCGUCGCCUCUCCGUGGCUUUACCCCCUUUCUCCUCUCCGUUGGGCUCCGACGCCGACGCGGUGGUGGCUCUGUCGCGGCGGUGGCGCCGCUCCCUUCGCUCUCUCGACCUCAGCGGCCGCCGCCUCUCUCCGUCCCUCUUCGGCGACGCCUUCGACGCCUUCGCGCCGCCAUCGCCCCUUCGCCAUUUGGCCCUAACGGCCACCGGAGUCACCGCCGGCGCUUUACGCCGUCUCGGCCGCUGCCGCCAUCUCGUGUCCCUCGAGCUCAGCGGUUGUCGCCGUUUGCCGCGCGGCACCAAACGGAGCCACCGCGGCAGAAGGGGCGUCCGGAAUUGCCUCCGGAAAAUGGCGGAGGACGGCGGAGAGGAGGAGGACGGCGGCGCCGGGGAGGGGAUGGAGGAAGAGGAGGAAGAGGAGGUGGAGGACACGGAGGGGGAGGAGCUCGAGAUGGAGGACGUUGAGAUGGAGGAGUUUGGGGUGGAGAACGUUGGCUUUGAGGGUUCUGAUGUGGAGAACGUUGAGUAAAAUGAGCUCAAAAUGGAGGACUUUGAGGUGGAGGACCUCAAAAUGGAGGACUUUGGGGGUUCUGAUAUGGAGAACGUUGAGUGGAAUGAGCUCAAAAUGGAGGACUUUGAGGUGGAGGACCUCAAAAUGGAGGAGUUUGA